UCGUCCGUAGGCAACUGCGGCGCAGAGCUCGAGGAGGAGAAACAGUGCUGACUGAACCGGGGGAGUCGGAAGUGACUUUGUUGUGGAGCUUAGUCUUAUUCCGUUAAUGUUUUAUCCGUUCGUGCUGCAUUGUCAGUGAGAGCCGUUUAAUACAGCAAGAUGAAAGGAAAAACACAGUGUUGAACAUUUUCUGUGAGGUAAACGACUGAGAGAGCGAGUGAAGCCAAGCCCCAGAGCAAGUGUCCAUCCUGCCGUGUGUCCAUCUUGCAAAGAGCUGCUGAGCGUGCUGAGGAUCGUCUACAAGCUCCCUGCCUGGGGCAGAGACAGCGCCCCUGUACACCUGCCAUAAUGGUGCUGUCACAGAGGCAACGAGAUGAGCUAAAUCGAGCGAUAGCAGAUUACCUCCGAUCAAAUGGCUAUGAAGAGGCGUAUUCUGUUUUUAAGAAGGAAGCAGAGUUAGAUAUGAGUGAAGAAUUAGAUAAGAAGUAUGCAGGCCUUUUGGAAAAGAAAUGGACCUCAGUCAUCAGAUUACAAAAGAAGGUAAUGGAGCUGGAGUCGAAGCUUAACGAAGCUAAAGAGGAGAUCACUUUAGGAGGACCUAUGGGGCAGAAGAGGGACCCCAAAGAGUGGAUCCCACGCCCUCCGGAGAAGUACGCGCUCAGCGGACACAGGAGUCCUGUCACGCGCGUCAUCUUUCAUCCCAUCUUCAGCGUCAUGGUCUCUGCCUCAGAAGACGCCACAAUUAAGGUGUGGGACUAUGAAACAGGAGACUUUGAGAGAACUCUGAAGGGUCAUACAGACUCUGUGCAGGACAUCUCCUUUGAUCAGGCUGGAAAGCUGCUUGCUUCCUGCUCAGCAGACAUGACCAUCAAACUCUGGGACUUCCAGGGCUUUGAGUGCAUCAGGACCAUGCACGGACACGACCACAACGUGUCCUCAGUUGCCAUCAUGCCCAAUGGUGAUCAUAUUGUAUCUGCAUCGAGGGAUAAAACUAUUAAAAUGUGGGAGGUGGCCACUGGUUACUGUGUGAAGACGUUUGCGGGCCAUCGGGAAUGGGUGAGGAUGGUGCGGCCCAAUCAGGACGGCACACUUUUGGCCAGCUGCUCCAAUGACCAGACUGUGCGCGUGUGGGUCACUGCCACUAAGGAGUGUAAAGCUGAGCUUCGCGAGCACGAGCAUGUUGUAGAGUGCAUCUCCUGGGCUCCAGAGAAUGCCUACCCCACUAUAUUGGAGGCCACUGGCUCUGAGAACAAGAAGAGCGGUAAGCCCGGUCCAUUCUUGCUGUCUGGAUCCCGAGACAAAACCAUUAAAAUGUGGGAUGUCAGUAUUGGCAUGUGCCUUAUGACACUGGUGGGCCAUGACAACUGGGUGCGUGGUGUGCUGUUCCACCCAGGUGGGAGGUUCAUUGUGAGCUGUGCCGACGACAAGACCCUGCGCACUUGGGACUAUAAGAACAAGCGCUGCAUGAAGACCUUGAGUGCCCAUGAACACUUCGUUACCUCUAUGGAUUUCCACAAGACUUCCCCCUACGUGGUGACAGGAAGCGUAGAUCAAACAGUUAAAGUGUGGGAAUGCCGCUGAUCUCACUUACCCCCUGCCCCUCCUCUGUACCACCACCACUCCUCCCUGCCACAACACUCGUCCUUCGGGAUGCUCUCAUCACCAUGGCUACCACCCCAUCCAGCGCUCUUCUAAAUAACUAUUGUCCUUUUAUGUAAAUUAUUCUGGAUGUAGUUUGAGCUUAUUAAAUGUUACAUAAGACACCCUCACAAAGAGAGAAAAAUAAGUUAAGAAAAAAGAAAAACAAGUAUUCUUGCAUGGUGAAUCCCAAACUUGUAUAUUGUAAUUAUUAUUAUUAUUAUUAUUAUUAUUAUUUGCUUACCGUCAUCUUGAAGGGUUAAAGAACAUCAAGCAUCACGUUACAAAAGGCAGAACGGUCCUUUCUGGGGAAUUCAAAAACAGGGCUCUGAAAAUCAGGCCCGCUUUUCUUUCUUUUCAGCUGCGCUGUCAUGAUCCGCUGAUGCUUCAGAGAGAGAGAGAGAGAAUCAAGCAAAAAGCAGUUUUUAGUGCAGUCACUAAACCAAAUUAAAAUCUGACUGAAUGUUUCUGUCCUCUUAAAGGACUACUGUUGAUGUAUUUUAGGUGCUAAAUGCUGUACAGUCAUCAUUAAUUCUAGAGUCGAGACGUUUGAAAACGUCAGUGAAGUAAAUGGAUCUAGACGGACGCUUCAGGCAAAGUUGGGGCAGAAAAAGAAAGUUCCUUGUAUGUUAGGAUUUAAACUGACAGCAGUUUGGCCCAAUUACAUGAUUUUGUAUAUAAUGACAGACAAGUGACGUCGUGGAGAAAAAAAAAACCCUGAUAAGAUAAAUCAGCAGUAUGAUAGUAAACCCCUGACUUACUUAAGUGCACUUCUUAAAGGAGGUAUAUGAUGUGUGCGUGAAAAGCAGGUUCUUGGUCCUGCGUGCGCAAAACAUAUCUCAGCCCUCUUCAUCGCCAUUUCAUUUUGUCCACUACUUGGUUGAUUGACAGCUCAAGGGUAGGACAGUGUCCGGAUGAUUUGAAAAAAGAAAAAAAAAAAGAUUAUUAUUACUAUAAAGGUGCUUAUAUGUAAGGAAUUAUUCAAAGUGAGAUUUUCCAAAGGGACACUGAAUUCCACUGUUUAAAAGCAGCCAUGUCUCAUGCAAUUUCCCAUGUCUCACAGAAGCUUUUAAACAUCCAGCUCAUCGUAGAUUUCUAAGCAGAACACAGGUUUUUAACCCACCACACAUGGGGAGGGGGAAGGCCACGUAUUGCACAGUCACAGCUUCAUCAGUCCAUUCUGCAGCUUCUUCACAUGUGGUGUGUUAUUCUCUGCCACCAUAUUGUGUGUGUGUGUGUGUGUGUGUGUGUGUGUGUGUGUAUGCAUGCAUGUGUGUAUCUGGCUCAGCUGCCACUGAAGGAAGCUUUUCGACGUGUUCUCAGCGGUACUGCUUCGUGUCAUUGUGCGGGACGAGCCACCCGGUCAGGCUGUCGUAAAUCAGGGAGGCUGGUGACACUUUGUUUCGCAGAUUAUCUCGUCCACUACAUUUGCUCUGACGGACCUGCCGAGUCUGGCUGUGUGUGUGUGUGUGUGUGUGUGUGUGUGUGUGUGGAAAUGGUAAAGACGCCUCCUAGCUAGAUCAACAAGUGCAAUAACAAUAGGCUGCUCUGUGUUAACUCUGUGUUGACGGACAGGUUUGCACGAGUUGUGUGUGUGCACAAUAUACGCACACGUGUAGAAAACUAACCUCCUUCGUGUUGUGAUGGAACUGACCUUUUUUUUCCCCUUUUGAAAGAAGCAACACAAACGUGAAGUAAAUCCUCCUCUGGAUAGUGUUAAGGCGAAACUCUUAGCAUCUUAAGGGAGUUCUGUAGGAGGUGCACGCGGUUGUAACAUUUUUACGGUGGUUGUAUAGGCCCGGCCUCUGCUAUUCCAAAGCUGUGUAUGUAGUAUCAGUGGACAUGUGAAAGGAUCUUAGAGCUUCGCUGUAUGUGCAGUAGGUUUGUGCAUUCAGUUAGCUCAGAGUCCAGUCGUUUGCUCUCUAUGCCUUGUUAAUAUACUGAAGCCCCCCUUUGACGUAAAGACCUUAUUCUGUUUUUUUGUGAUCUCACUGUUCACACACUCACAUAUACACUGACAAAAUAUAAGUUGUGUACCAAUAUAUCUGGAUGUCAUUGUUUGCAACAUAAUUAAGAGUAAUAAAAACUGUAAAUAUAAAGCAA